AUGAGGUGGUAUGGAGUUCUUCUCGUACUAUCUUUCUUGUUUCUCUCAACUAAUGCCAUCUUUGCCGACGAUGCCUUCCAUAUAGAUUAUCACCAUGCCCUUCUCGGCAGCCCGCUGCCUCACACCACCUUCUUCCAUAAACCUCACGCCUCUACGAAUGCUUCUCUCCUUUAUACGAUUUCAGAUAAGGCUGUUCUGGGCGCCGUCAAUCCAAAAGAUGGCUCGUUGUUGUGGCGCCAUGCACUCGCAGGCCAACCCGUUGAUAAUACCUCGAGUUCCUUUUUGGUUUCUGGAGAAAGAGAUGGCCGACUCAUAACCGGAUACGAUAGGACCGUCGCAUGUUGGGAUGCGCUAGAUGGAAAAUUGAUAUGGGAUUACAUGGUUCCUGAAGGUACCGCAAUUCAUGGGUUGCUGGCUCUCCCCGUUUCCACUCCCGGUUCCCCCGGUGCUAGGCAGGAUGUUGUGGUUUUGGCGACACCUCUGCAUUCGGAUGCGCACGCUACCCUCAGCCGGAUUGCUGGCGACGGAAGCGGCUUGAAAUGGCAGUAUGUAGAUUCCAGCACCGCCCAUGGCUCCUCCAUAUCGAUUGCAACAUCCCCCAAACAUGUCUACUAUGUUACGAAGUCCCACGGUCUGUUGGCCAGCAGCAAGGCGAAGGUUGUCACCCUGGAUAAUGCCACUGGUCAUGAGGUCAGCCAGACCAGUAUUGCAGUGGACUCAGAAGCAUUGGGGGCCGAUGGCCAAUAUGCUACUGCCGCUUGUUCCAGUUUUCCGUUCUUGAUCUCCGCCGAGAAGCCCUUCAAGUCAAUCAAAUUCAGUCUGCUGAGCAAUCCAAAAGCUGUCGCAAUCCAAUUGGGCGAGCACGGGGACGCGAUCGAGGACAUUAGCGUGCAUCAUGCAUGCCAUCCCGGUGCUGCAGCACAUUUCCUCCUUCACAUUAAAGGAAAACACUGGCAAUGGGCGGAAGUCUAUCAUGUGGACGCCAAAUCUGGUGAUGCCACAAAGGCAUACUCUUUACCGGCCACAGACGAACGAAGCACAUUUGCAGCGAGCAGUAGCGAUUCCACCGUCUUCUUUUCUCGCAGCACGGAGUCCGAAGUCAUUCUAUAUUCCUCAGAAUCGCAUGAGCAACUGGGUCGCUGGAUGAAAAAAGACUUCAAGACUUCUCCUGGGAGCUCUCAACCACACGCGGUUGCUGAGGUUGUCGGGAGAGGAAAAGCUAGCUUCGCUGUCCGUAUCGCCGAGUUCUCUCCUAGCGGGGAUUGGUCUCUGAUUCGCAAUGGGGAACUGCAGUGGACUAGGCCCGAGAUGUUGGCCUAUGCUAAAAUUGCUGCGUGGUCAGAGAAUGGCGGCCCCGAUGCUCUAGCGGAGGAGCUUGAUAUCGAGUCGACCAUCAAUCCUCUUACCGCCUACGUCCAUCGACUCAAGCGACAUCUCACUGAUCUGAUGAGUCUCCCCCAAUACUUGCAAGGCCUGUGGGAGACUCUCUUCAAGCCGUCCCCUGACGCAGACGCCAUUGCCCGCCAAAAUCUGGUGGGCACGAAAGUGGUGAUAGUUGGUACCGGCCGUAAAGAAUUGAUAGCUCUUGAUGCUUCCACUGCCGGUGCUCUCAAGUGGCAAACAGACCUGUCUUCCCACAUUUCCGACGGCGUUGAGAUGAAGUCAAUGACAGUGGAGAAUGGAAGAGCAUCGGUCUAUCUGUCCGAUGGAUGCUUGAUAGUGGUGAACGCUACUCAGGGCCGGCUGAUCGAGCAUCUUCCAGGGACGAUCCCUGUCUCAAAGUUGGUCCACAUCCCUGGCAGCCCUGCAUCAGCCGCAAUCAAGAUUGGACCCGAUGGCAUACCUCGCCUAGCAGAGGAUUUCGCUCCAGCCAGCGCGUUAGAAGGCAAUGUUUUGGUCACCAUCAGUAAUGAUGGGAAAGCCAUUGGUUGGAGCAUUGGUCAGAAUGUUCAAAAAACAUGGAUUCUGAAACCUCAAGAUGGAAUGACAAUCACAAGUGCUGUUUCUCGCGCGGACCAUGAUCCCGUCGCUUCGAUUGGCAAGGUUCUUGGUGACCGAUCAGUGCUUUACAAAUAUCUGUCACCCAAUGUGGCUCUCCUGGUUGCUCGAUCAGAGUCGGCACUGACGAUAUAUCUGAUGGACGCCGUCACCGGUGCCGUUCUCUACACCUCAUCUCAUCAGGGCAUCCUGUCUGGCACGGAAGUGCCUGCUGUUAUGUCAGAAAACUGGCUUGCAUAUACAUUCACGAGAGAAGAUCCCACUACAAAGGCACUUUCAACGCAACUCGUUAUUUCUGAACUCUACGAAUCUUCAGGAUCCAAUGAUCGUGGGGCUUUGGCCUCUCGAACGAAUUUCUCGUCGUUUUCAGUCGAUGCGGGUGCCAAACCUCAUGUCAUUUCUCGGGCAUUUACAGUCGCUGAACCAAUUUCACAUCUGGCCGUGUCACAGACCUCCCAGGGAAUCACCACGAGGCAGCUGUUAGCGACGCUGCCCAAUUCAAAUGCAAUUGUGGGCAUUCCUCGGGAAAUACUCGACGCCCGAAGACCUGUUGAUCGUGACCCCACCGCCACUGAGCGCGAAGAAGGUCUGGUAAAAUAUUCAGCGGCUCUCGAGUUGGAGCCCAAAUGGUUGCUAACGCAUUCUCGGGAGGUGAUGGGAAUCAAGAAGGUGAUGGCCGCACCAAGUUUACUGGAAAGUACCAGUGUAAUUUUCGCCUUUGGACACGAUGUCUUUGGCACCCAGAUUACUCCCAGCCAUGCGUUUGAUAUGCUUGGGAAGGGAUUCAACAAAACCCAGCUGGUGCUCACAGUUAUGGCUCUUGCUGUCGGUGUAUUAGCUAUUCGACCCUUGUACCUACAACCUACCACAUUUAGCUUUGACCAAUCACACAAAUAUUUCGCCAUGGUAGCAGAAACGAAACUCUAUGAUGCCCUCUCCAUCUCUCCGACCGCCACUCAAGAAGAAAUCAAGAAAGCAUACCGUAAGGCAGCCUUGAAAUGGCACCCAGACAAGAACAAAAACAACCCUAGUGCUGCUGAAAAGUUCAAAGAGGUCUCUCAGGCAUAUGAGGUUCUUUCAGAUCCUGAGAAGAGAAAGGUGUAUGAUGACUAUGGCUUGGAAUUCCUCCUGAGAGGUGGUCAAGCUCCACCUCCAGGACCUGAGGGUAUGCCCGGUGGUGGAUUUCCAGGAGGUAUGCCUCAGGGAUUCGGCUUUGGAGGAAUGCCCGGUGGUGGUGGGACCAGAUCAUUCCAUUUCAGCACCAAUGGUACUCCGGGAUUCAGUUUUUCAGAUCCAAACGAUAUCUUCUCAAACUUUAGCCGCAGCACUGGUGGAGUGGAUGACGAAGAUAUUUUCAAUUUGCUCGGUGGUGCAUUUGGAGGUGCCCGAGGAGGUGGAAGCAGGAGAAGUACCGGCACCUUUCCUUCUCGGCAACCCCGACCUCAAACCCCAGAAGUCACAGUGGUUGAACGACCACUGCAUGUCACUCUGGAAGAGUUAUUCAAAGGCGCUCACAAGAAGAUGAAGAUCAAGAGAAAGACCUUCAAUGCUCAAGGACACAGAACCACCGAAGACAAGAUUCUGGAGAUGGACAUCAAACCUGGUUUGAAGGCCGGUUCCAAGAUCAAAUUCUCGGGUGUCGGGGAUCAGGAAGAAGGUGGAACGCAAGACUUGCAUUUUAUUGUCACAGAAAAACCACAUGCAACACUCACCCGUGAUGGUGAUGACUUGCAGGCGACCAUCGAACUAAGUUUAAAAGAGGCCCUCACAGGUUGGAAGCGAACUGUCUCAACAAUCGAUGGAAGACAAUUGAACGUCCACGGAGCGGGUCCCACUCCGCCUGGGUAUGAAGAGAGGUAUCCAGGCUUGGGUAUGCCGCUUAGCAAGAAGCCGAAUGAGAGAGGCGACUUCAUCAUUCAAGUCAAGGUCAAUUUCCCGAAGUCACUGACUCCAGUACAGAAAGCAAAGAUCAAGGAUGCACUUCCUUGA